UGGAGAAAGUAAAAUUAAAGACCACAAGAUUAUUCUCAAGUAAUCAUCUCAUAUGAUUCCUUUCUCUAAUCUUCACCACUACCUUUGAUCUGAUUGAUACCAAAACCUCUUCUUUUUAUUUUUCCCAAAAGUUAAAACAAUAUUUUAUUGUAUUAUGGAGAAACUUUGAUCUCCAUCUGAAAUAGUAACACUGUGAAGAGUUCUUCUGCAUCUGAAAUUUGUCUGAUCCAGAAAACUUAGCUGAGAAAAAGAAGAGAGAAGAUGGCGUUUGUGACCACUGCUGAAGUAUGUGACGCGAAUCAAGAGCUGAUUCGGAGUGGUCAGCUCCGAGCUUUGCAACCCAUUUUCCAGAUUUAUGGCCGUCGACAAAUAUUCUCAGGACCAGUUGUUACUGUCAAAGUAUUUGAAGACAAUGGCUUAAUCCGUCAAUUCCUCGAGGAGAAAGGAAACGGUAGAGUACUUGUGGUGGAUGGUGGAGGUAGUCAACGAUGUGCGAUACUCGGAGGUAACCCCGUGGUUCAAGCUCAGAACAACGGAUGGGCGGGAAUCGUUGUGAACGGAUGCAUCAGAGAUGUGGAUGAGAUCAACGGUUGUGAUAUCGGAGUGAGAGCUUUGGCUUCUCAUCCGAUAAAGGCGAGUAAGAAAGGACUUGGAGAACAAAGAGUUCCGGUUAAUAUUGCAGGGACUAGGAUUUGUGAUGGAGAAUGGCUUUAUGCAGAUACUGAUGGGAUCCUUGUCUCCCAGAUUGAGUUAUCCGUUUAAAAAGGCUUUUGUCUAUUAUGUGAUCACUGAUCAUCAGUUACAAAAGAAACCGAACUUGGUCUGUGUUCUUUUUUCUUUUUUCUUUUUUGUGUGUUCUUAUUACUUGAGAGAUGGUUUAAAAGUUUCAUAUUACGUUUGGAAUCUA